CGUUCCAGAGCUCGGUGAAACACCAAAUCGAUUCGCAGAGAUCUCGGAGUAUUUGACCGUUAUUGUAUAUUGCGCAAAAUAAAAAAUGGAGAAUAUUGAAAAAAAAUCGCCAAAGAGUAAAAAGAUGCCAAAAACACAAAAGUCGCCAAAAACACAAAAGUCGCCAAAAACACAAAAGUCGCCAAAAACACAAAAGUCAGAAGAGAUGGCAGAACCAUCAACAUCACAAAUGAAAACAUCGCCGUCAUUAUCAACGACUACAAUAAGAUCACCACUAAAGUCAAAUGUAUCAUCGCUUCGAGAAAAGAAAUCUUCUUCUGUUAAAAGCCCGCCAAAACAAAAGUUAGUAGAACUGGAAAAUACCCCACCAAUUGAGUCUCCACCAGACAAAUCUCGUCCAAAGAUAACGCCAAGACAAAUAAAGUACGAAGAGGAAGGCACUUCAGGGAAAUCUGUAAGGACUUCGCAAACAAAAAAAAAACUGGACGAUAAGUCACCACUUUCAGACUUCAACAAACAUUAA